UUUCUGUCUCGCCUCUCUUUCUUCUCUCUCCUUCAUUUCAGUUUCCCUCUCGCCUCUCGCCUCUUCAUCAAUCUUCUCUUCUGUGCCGCCUCUAUUUCUUCUCUCAUCUUCUCCGUCAAUUUCUCUUCAUCAAGAAGGACCAGAUCGAUGGCCAAGUUCAGAUCGGUUGUGUUCAUCAAUUCUCUUCUCUGGGUCAUCGGGUUUCGUUUGAAAUCUGAGUAUGGUGCCAUGGUGGUUGAAGUCUGAGCACGACCUCCGCCACCACCGCAAGGACCAGAUCAAUCUAUUUUUCUGAGAUAUUGGGUAUGAUGGUGCAUGAAGACUCGUACUUGAUCUUAAGGGCAUGGGUUAUCAUGAUGUUGAUGACUUUGAUUAUACUUACAAAGCAUGUUAAUGACUCGAUGGUAAUAUAUGUUCUCUCUGAAUUUCAAAUCCAAUUAUGAUUAGAUCUUUUGGGUAUCUAGGAAAGAAAAAGUUAGAUCUGUUGUGAUUGCAUCUGUGAUUUACUAUAAAUUUUGUUUGGGUAUGAGCUGGUGGUUGAUCUUUAAUCAAAGAGCUUGUUUCUGGGUUCUGGCAGCGGUGGAAACAACAAGAAGGAAGAUGAGGGGCAGGGUAACAACUAACAAGAAGGAAGAUGAGGGGCAUCGCAUUUUGCUAUUGAUCCGUCUGCAGAAAACUUCAUGAUUGGCGACCAUUUUGAAUUUGACAGAGAGAUAGUAAGGCGAGUGCUAAAUUGUAAUCAAAUUACAAAUGUUGCUUCAAUGUUGUCAUUCAAAGGAAGUCCUUAUUGGAUGGCCCCCGAGGUGGCUGCAAUAUUUAAGAUCGGAAAUAGCAAAGGUAUGCCAGAUAUUCCUGAUUAUCUUUCCCAUGAUGCAAAGAAUUUUGUGAGGCUGUGCUUGCAAUGGAACCCAUCUGAGCGUGCUACUGCUUCUCAACUGCUAGACCACCCUUCCAUUAGAGAGCAAAUGACAACAAGAAGUUCGAACAAGUUAUGGUGUUGAAAACUAUAGGUUUGUGGAUAUGAAGCAAGCUGAUCCUUAGGGAGAUAUUCUGAUAUGGGAACUUCCCAAAUGGGAGCAAAUGUCCAAUGGCCUUGAUAAGGCUCCAACGGCCUUGUUUUUUAAUGUUAAUGAUUUGCUCUUUUAAUUUUUUUUAUUGAUUAGGCUCCAACGGCCUUGAUUCCCAGUUUUCAAAGUAAUUUGUUAAACGAAGAUGGACAUGA